GUGCUUCAUAUAUAGUGAACCUAUGUAGGGUGGAAGGCUGUAUUUGGGACGAGACCUUAGCUGUAACGUCCUUGUUAUUAUCAUAACAUACGGAGAAGCAGAAAAUAACCUGCUAUAAGUGAAAGGGGUAUGUACCUUUCAAGGCUCGUCAUCCACUCGAAGGGGAGAAGGCUGGGCCACAUAGCCUAAGGCUCCACCGCCCUCUGUCUCUCCUGUUUCUCCUUUGUACCCAUCUCUCGGUGUGUGAGCCGUGAUGCUGUGCUGGGGCAGUUCAGCUUGGGGUCAGUUGGGCCUCGCUGUAUCCGAGGCCGCUGUGUUUGAGCCGCGGAGCUGCUGCGUGUUCGAUGGCAGAGGGCUGAAAGAGGCGGCAUGCGGCGGGCAGCACUCGCUCUUCCUAAUGCAUGAUGGGAGUGUUUACACAUGUGGCUCCAACAGUCACGGGCAGCUGGGCCACGAGAAGCCUGGACUCAAGCCUGAGCUGGUUGGGGCGCUGGACGCUCAGAAGAUUGCAGGUGUGGCGUGUGGGCAGGCCCACUCUCUGGCACUGAGCGAGCAGGGCCAGGUGUUUGCGUGGGGCGCAGGCGAGUGGGGGCAGCUCGGUCUCGGCACUGCAGAGGAAGCUGUCCGAGUUCCCCGAUUGAUUAAGAAGUUGUGUGAUCAUCAGAUCUCACAAGUCAUGUGUGGCAACCAGCACUGUAUCGCACUUUCUAAAGAUGGUCAGUUGUUCACGUGGGGUCAGAACUCGAGCGGUCAGCUGGGUUUGGGGAAAGGUGAGCCGAGCUCUCUGUCUCCUCAGCCUCUCAAGUCUCUGUGUGGGAUCCCACUGGCUCAGAUCAGCGCUGGAGGAGACCACAGCUUCGCCCUGUCUCUCUCUGGAGCCGUGUUCGGCUGGGGCAGGAACAGCGCCGGGCAGCUGGGCCUCAAUGAUGAGCAAGAUCGGGCUGUUCCCUGCCAUAUUAAAUUCUUGCGCUCACAGAAAGUGGUCUACAUCAGCUGCGGGGAGGAACACACUGCCGCUCUGACCAAGGAUGGAGGUCUGUUUAUGUUUGGAAAUGGGUCGAGAGGACAGCUGGGGCACGGCUCCACCAACAACGAGCCUCUGCCACGCAGGGUUUUGGAGCUCAUGGGCACCGAGGUGUCCCAGAUCGCCUGUGGCAGACACCACACGCUGGCGUUUGUGCCCUCCACCGGCUCGGUGUAUGCGUUUGGCUGUAAUGCUCAGGGCCAGCUCGGCUUAGGGACCAGAGGAAACGCCAUGAUCCCCCUACCAGUCCGAAACAUCCAGCCUCCUUUUCUCACCAACACACAAACAGGCACGGAUCAGUACAGCAUCAGCAGGAUUCACUGCGGAGGCGACCACAGCUUUCUGUUGCUGUCACAUGGCAAGAGUUGCCCGGAUGACUUCCGCGUUAUCAACACAUCGAAAAGCAUCUCCCUGAUUAAUAAGGAGAGUCUAAACAGUUGGAGGCUGAAGCUCCUGGACAGUACUGACUCCAGCAUCACAAAUGACAUCAUUCUGCUGUUGUCCUCGACCGCAUGUUGGAACGCCAGCUUCCUGGACCAGAGUGAUGAUGGUCAUUUUAAAACCAACCCCAAAGUCCCCGGAAUCGACCUCAACUCAGUCAGGCUGCUGUUCGAGAUCCUGAUGAAGCCAGCCUACUCACGGCUGCUGGAGCAGACCACGAAGAGCUUCGAGAGUUUGCUGAUCCCUCAGCUACCCUGCUCUCCUCCUGACGUAGAGGCCAUGCGCAUCUACCUGAUCCUCUCCGAGUGUCCGGCUCUGCACGACUCCAAAAACUACAUCUCCCUCACCAUUCCACUCGCCAUGGCUAUCCUCCGGCUGGACGCCAACCCCAGCAAAGUGCUCGAUAACUGGUGGUCACUGCUGGACAGUGAGGUCUUCUCCAGGUUGGUAGAGAUGUAUAAGAGCAUUGUGGUGUUCCUGCUCACCGGUGGCAAGGCCCUCCUUAUUCCUGUGUUUCUGGAGAGCUACAUUAGUGCUACGCUGAAACUGCUGGAGAAACUACACAAGGUGAACCAGAAAGCCCACCAUGUGGAGUACAACUGCUUCUACAUCCCCGACAUCACCAGCCUGGUGGACAUCCAGGAAGACUACCUCAAAUGGUUCCUAAGCAAAGCUGAGAUUAAAAUGCAGUCUCCUCCAGUACAGAAUUCAGUUACGUUAUGUGCCUAUCCGUUCAUAUUGAACGCUCAAGCUAAGGCAACCAUGUUGCAGACAGAUGCUGAACUGCAGAUGCAGAUGGCAGUGAGAGGGGCCAACCUGCACAACAUGUUCAUGCUGUUAACCCUGGAACCUUUGCUGGUACAAAACCCGUUUCUAGUCCUGCACGUGCGGAGGGAUCACCUGGUCAGCGACGCGCUGCGUGAGCUCACCAUCUAUAAUGAUGUGGACUUGAAGAAGCCCCUAAAGGUGAUUUUUGAUAGAGAGGAGGCAGUGGAUGCAGGAGGAGUCACUAAAGAGUUCUUCUUACUACUGCUGAAAGAGCUGAUGGAUCCAGUCUAUGGCAUGUUCACCCACUACCCAGAAUCCAACCUGCUCUGGUUCUCUGAUAAAUGUUUUGUUGAACACAACUGGUUCCACUUGAUUGGGAUCGUCUGUGGCCUGGCUAUCUACAACUCCACCGUGGUGGACCUGCACUUCCCUCUCGUGCUCUACAAGAAGCUUCUAGAUGUUUGUCCUGUGCUGGAUGACCUGAAGGAGCUGUCCCCUACUGAGGGCAGGAGUCUCCAGCAGCUGUUGGACUAUGAGGAGGAUGACAUAGAGGACACCUUCUGUCUCAACUUUGCUAUUAGCCGGGAGUAUUAUGGGGUAACAGAGGUGAAGGAGCUCGUCCCUGGAGGAGAGAACAAAACAGUGGAUAAGUCCAACAGAGAGGAGUUCGUGCAGGCCUAUCUGCACUACGUGUUCAGUGAGUCAGUACGAGAGCUCUACUCUGCGUUUGCCAGCGGGUUCCUGAAGGUGUGUGGUGGCCGGAUCCUCUCUCUGUUCCAGCCCUCUGAGCUCAUGGCCAUGGUGGUGGGCAACAGCAGCUACAACUGGGAGGAGCUAGAGAAGAAUGCGAGCUACAAAGGCGAGUUCUCGGCCUCCCAUCCUACAGUGCGGAUGUUUUGGGAGGUGUUCCACGAGUUUCCCUUGGAGAAAAAGAAACAGUUCUUACUGUUCCUCACAGGCAGUGACCGGAUCCCCAUCCACGGCAUGUCCAGCCUGCACAUCAUCAUCCAGUCCACGUCGGCAGAGGAGCACUUCCUGCCCGUCGCUCACACCUGCUACAACCUGCUAGACCUGCCGUGCUACAGGAGCAAAGAGACGCUGCGCUCGAGGCUCACAUGCGCCAUCGAGCAGUACGAAGGCUUCAGCCUGGAGUGAGAACCCACCGCUCUUUCACACACACUCGCACUUUGACCGCGGACGGAUGACGUCCGAUCUCCCAUGCAGAGCGGCUCUGACAGUGUGAGUAGGACCGUGCACAGACAGUGAACUCUGCUGAACUCUGAGUGGAAUAAAUCUUUUAUCUGAUUUUGUUUGGGUUUUUUUUUUUUUUUUUUUUUUUUUUGGAGUGUUAGUGCAAGAAUUCCUGACGUGCACAUUGUUAUUCGGAGCGCUUUUUGCUUUCCUGUUCCUUUCUGAGUUCUGGGAUCAGUGUCAGGAUCAUGUACGGUAGAAAAAUCUGCCGUUCUACGCCGAGACAGGAAAUGUUUUUGGUCGGUUUGGAGUCACACCCGGGCGCUUGUUUCUUUGGGUGUUUUUUUGCCGACUUUUUUUUUUUUUUUUGCUUUUGCGCUUGGUGAGAAAGAAAGAACUUGGUAUAAAAACAGACACAAGUCCUUGUCCUCUGAGCUUUUGACUAGAGAUGUCCAGACCUGCUGCUGAAGUGAUGGAGGACGGAACAAGCCAUUAUCCAGACAUGAAAGCCUAUUAAUCCUCUCUGCUUAUUCGUAACUCGACCAGUGAAUUCGUGCGAGUCCAUUUACAACUUUGCCUUUAAUACGAGCCUCUAGUGAGGAAUGCUUACAGCUUUCGUUUAUUCUCCUUUUCCCGCUUUAGCGUGCAUGCAAGUGUGACGUCCAGAGUGAAAGCUGAGCCUGCUAAUGACUGUUUAGUGCCACAAUAAAUAUGUAUACGGUAAACCUGAAAAUGUUAUUUAUGGUUGAAAAAAAAAAAUAGCUGAGGAUUUGAAAGCCACAGACGACCGCUGUAACUGACGGAGAUUUUUUUUCUGUUCGAGGGAGGAGAGCCAGCAAUAACUGGGUGAUGUGUGUAAAUGAUUUUGAUUUGAACGUCGGCCUAUGCACAACCAUGAAUCUGUGGAAUGAGCGGAGCUGAACGCUGGUCCUGUGCAUGUCCCGAGUCCAGGGCGGAGAUUCCUGCUCUAACACUCCUGAUUUAAACCCAGCAGUUAAAGGUGGGGUCAGUGAUUUUGUCAGUAAUAGUUUGCUGUUUCCCUUAAUAUAAAAUAUCUGUUUCUAUGGACCACCAACACACAAUCAGUCAGGACAAGGAGGUGUCUCUACUUACAUGAUGAUUGUCUUUUCGAAUGUUCUGCCGCUUGCACUACUUUUCAGGCAUUCGAGCAUAAGCAACACAUGUUGGUGUUUUUUAUUUUGUCGUUUUUUUUUUUUUUUAAAUCAUAAUCACUGACUGUACCUUUAAUGUCAUGAGCUGUGUCUCAUACUCUGUACUUUUCAUAUUUUUCAAGUGAUGCUGGAAAAUUCAGCCAGACUUCGUCAUUUAUAAACACGUGGAUGAUGAAAUAACACCACAAAGAAAGAAAGUGUUGUGCGCAGGACACUUUUUGCACUCUCAGGUCACAGUCUACUUUAUGUAGUGGAAGGGGCGGGGCUACCAGAGGAUGUACAGCUUGAAUUUAGCUAAAUAGAUGACACAAAAAUGAAUCAAAUUACUAGAUUUUAAAAUGGGAGGAUCUUCCAGUGGAAAUAUCCUGAGAUUGCCAAGUGACUGGCAUCUCUGGGUCAACAGGGGCGGAGCUUAAAUUAAAUUUGAGCAGCCAUUUACAAAUUCAUUCAUAUUACACCUACAUUAGCAUUCCUGUUUUACUUCUGUGGCUUUACAGAUUAGCAAAAUACGCAAUAUUGUAGUUUAACAAGCAUGAACACUCUGCCUAGUAUACUUGGCUAUUGGCUUUAAUAGCAGAUAUAAUAUUUAGUUUGUUAACUUUAUUAAUAGUUUAGCAAACAUUAGCUAGCUUCCGGAUGAACUUGGAUAGCCACUUACCAUCACAUAGAUGCUGCUAGAUAGUUAAUGUUAACAUUAGCUAAACUAUUAUAUUGUGCAAUUAAAACCAGAAUUUUAUGCUAAGGAGUCCGCUAUGUCAAAUUAUCAAAAAGUGAAAACAACAGCAACUUUGUGAUUUGCUGCUCAGUGUUAAAUGAAGCUCUGCCCUCAUUACUCUAGGUAUUUUUAACAAAACGAUGGACAAAUCAGGACGUUGUAGGUUGUCGGUGUUGGAGCAGGAAGUCGCUGUACCGCGCUGGACUGGAGGCGUACAGCACCAAUGUGGUGCGCUCUUAUCUAAAUCUGUUCAUGUUUUUUU